AUGCCGAUAAGAGGUUUAGAAGAGGUAAGAAAACACCCCGGACAGAACUUUUUUUUGAAAGUUCCACAGAAAGCAUUCAAGAAGAUGAGGAUAUGCAUUGAUGGGUGCUGGUUUCUUCGGAAGUACGUCGAUGUGUCAAGCAUCUGGAAAGGACUCUUGUUUGGGAUUGAAGAGGUUGUCAAGGCACCUUUGUCGAAACUUUUGGAGUUCAGAGAUGAGAAUGAAAUAGACCUGAUAUGGAUUUGGGAUGGAAUAGAUCUCAAUAAGUCCCAGGGAAUCUCGCAUGCAGAUUCAGAUACAUUAUUGAGUGAGGGGCUGAAAGAUUAUAGGCAAAAAAACUAUAGAAAGGCAGGAAAGUUUUGGAGAAGUUUUAUCAUGCAAAAAAAUGAAAUGGACAUAGUUAAUAGAAUACUUGAAGAAAAAGGGGUUGUGGUUAUAACAGCACCCUAUUCUGCAACAGCUCAAUGUGCAUAUCUUAUGAGUGCUGAGGCAUGCUCGUAUGCAUUUGGUAAGUCUGAUGUUCUUUUGUUUGACGGGGUUGACAAGAUCAUACUUGAUAUGUCUGAUGGAUCUGGAAAGCCUUGCUUAGAUGUGUUCCAUAAAAGUCGAUUUCUUGAAUUCUUUAAUCUAAAUUCGAGAACGUUUAGUGCACUUGGAUUGCUACUAGGAUGUGACUUCUGUCCAACAAUUCCCAAGUGUGCUACUGAUUUCAGCUUCGAUUCUGUUUUUAGCUUGAUUAAGGGAUCUGAAGACCUCUUGAAAAUGAUUAAGAACACCUGUGAUGAGAGCAGCAGUAAGAAGUACACAGAGCAGUUUCUUAGAGGGCUUAUACUGGUGGUACAUACUCCUGUGAUGAAGAUCUCUGGACAGGUGCUGCCCUAUUCAGAGGAACAUCUACCUCGGAAUCUGGAGAAGAUUGUGGGUGGGAAGCUUGCAUCGGGGUUUUACGAAUCUCUUUUUGAGAAUAGGAUUUCAGGAGAUGUAUUGGAGAUUAUGGGAAAGAUAAAGGGCAUAGACAAGGAUUCACAACUAAUCAAGAUGGUUGAAUCCGUAUUGUCAAGAGUGAGAAGUGACGUACGGAAGGAGAAGGAUAUAAAGGAUGAACGUAAUGCAGAAAAGUCGUUUAUGGCUAUUGUAUAUCCAGAGAUGGUUUUGGCUGGGUAUAUUGAUCCAUCUGUUGGGGUUUUGUUAUUGAUGUCUAUUGGACUAAAAGAGUUGGAGAAACCUUAUGUUCCAAAGAUAUUGUGCUUUAAUAACCAGGCAUGUGUUAAUGAGAAGUUAGACAUUAACGAAAAGACAUUGAAGUAUUAUGUGAGGCUAGUCAGGCUAUUCAAUUAUAUAAAGGAGGUAAAAGAGGUAUAUGAGGUGAUGAGGAAUAAGAGGUUGGAUAGAUUGUUUUGCCAAGCUCCAACUCUCUUCAGUACAUCCUUCCACGAAACAUUUGGGUUUUCUAAGAGCUGUGGAGAGAACAAUCGUAAGUUCCUUGUGAAUGUAAGGGACUUUCUAAAAGCAAACACGAAGCUUUUUUCCAUUAUUCCUGAGAUACUUGAAGAGAUUGAGGCUACACUUAAUAAGAAAUAA